AUGGAGUGGCUAUGUCUUGUGUUGAUUAUCUCAUCUUAUGUCUUACCUCUUUCUAAAAGUCAAGACACCAUAACUGCAACCAGCUCCAUCACUAGCAACCAAACCAUAAUCUCAGCUGGAGGUACGUUUGCAUUAGGCUUCUUCAGUCCUGGUAAUUCUACUGGUAGCUACCUGGGGAUAUGGUACAACACAAUCCCAAAGCAAACAGUCAUCUGGGUUGCCAAUAGAGCAUCUCCAGUUCCUAAAGGCUCACCAUCAAUUCUCAGGCUUUCUGAAGAUGGGAAUCUUGUGGUUUUAAGUGGAAAAGAGCUCGUCUGGACAUCAAACGUGUCUGUCAUAAACGCCACAGAUGCAGUAUUACUUGAUAACGGUAAUCUGGUACUUAGACAUGGUAAAGAUGAACUGUGGCAUAGUUUUGAUCAUCCAACCGACACGAUUCUGACUGACUUGAAAUUUAGCUCCAACUGA